AGAUGGCCAGCAUCAAUGCCGGGGCAGGUAGCUCCAUCUUCAUCUAUCCUGACGAUAGCGCUGGAGGAGACACUUGGUCAUUCCUAUGGUUUGGCAGCUCUUGUCGUCAUUGUGCCACAUCGCCCCCUAUACGUGUCUUUUGACGUGUCAGCCGGCGUUCUCGACACCACCACUCAACUCCUUAAGCUCACUAGUGAUCAUGAUGUUCAUAUCGCAGCAGUAGAGGUUGAAGUUGCCUGGACGUUGAUUGCAUCGCUGAUGCUGCUUGGACCAAAUUUUGUCCGCUCACAUCUACCUCAGCUACUGGUACUUUAG